UAUGCCAUGCAUUUGGUGUGCGGGCGCGAAUAUAUAAAUGCUCGUCGUAACCGAAAAUACAAUGCAAAAGCUGCUGAUAGCUAUUUUCAUCAUUAGCAGCACCAGCAGCAGCCAGUUGGAGCAUCCACAGCUGAAGCCAAAAUUCGAUUGUCUGAAAAAGUAUAAGUUUUACCGACAACAAACCAAGCUGCGGCACGAUGCAGAGGAGCGAACGCUGCAGUUGCCACAGUUUACAAAGCCCUUGAAUCGCUUGCAACAUUGUGUCUCCGGCGAAACCCUGGUCCUCUCCUGCCCCAACACAGCGCAUCCGCACGCAAACACCACUUGGACCUUCAAAAGAGGCGGGGACUAUGAGCCACUGCAGCGCGAUAUUGGUGGCUACAAGUUCCGGCGCUGGUCCUUGGUCAUGACGAAUGUCAUUUCAAAAAAUUCAGCCAUGUACAAGUGCACGGUGUGCAACACCCUCGGCUGUAUUGAAUUCGAGUUCAGCGUUUCGGUCGUCAAUCGCCUCCGUGAACGGGCAAUAAUCACGAAUAUGUACAAUAAAACGGCGCUGAUCAACACCCGGGUGGAGGUGAAAUGCGCUUUGAAGUCCGAAGAUGAACCGACCGUCAAGUGGAUAUGUGUGAAGCAGCACAAUUACUCACGGCCCCUGAAAUUGGACUCACUGGAUAGAGAUUUUAUGCGCAUACCGUUGAACACAACAGUGGAUCGCGAUUGGCUGCUGUUGAAGAAUGUGACGCACCAGGACGAGGGCUGGUACACGUGCGUGGCGUCCAAUUCGUUGGGCUGCGUCAAUGCCAGCUUCUAUUUGCACGUGGUCGACGAUAUGCCCCAUUUGUAUUGCGGCGAACUGUACCGAUCACACCCCAUGGAUUUCACUGUGGCUAUCGGGAUGAUAACGCUGUUGAUUCUGCUUGGAAAUGGCUUGGUGCUGGUACACAGAGUGCAACAACUGCGGAGGCAAAAUGAAUUAGCGGUCAGGUCGUUCAUCAUUUAAUGAUUACUU